AUGACCGGAAACCCGCCUGGACAGAGCUUAACGCGCGCCUUCCGCUGUUGCAGAGGUGCUCAACGACGCCAUCUUCGACGAGGAGCACGACGAGAUGGUGGUGGUGAAGGACAUCGAGAUGUUCAGCAUGUGCGAGCACCACCUGAAUUGUGGAGAUCUAUAGCAGACGCCUACAAGUGCAAGAGCGCCUCACCAAGCAGAUUGCCGCACAUGUGCAUGGUGAUGCGGGGCGUGCAGAAGGUGAACAGCAAGACGGUGACGUCGGCCAUGUUGGGCGUCUUCCGGGACGACCCCAAGACGCGGGAGGAGUUCCUCAACUUGGUGCACUCCAAGUAAAGAAGCGGCCUCUCUACCCCCGCCCACGCAACAUUGACGGUCCAACCAAACAUCCAUCUUCAAAAGCAAAACAUCCACGUUCCUCGUCGGCACAAGCGGGGGUUCAGCCGCCCGGAAGCAUAUUUACAAAUAUAGUUUACUUAUUUUCUAUUGCGACAAAAGUCAACAAAAACAUCACACGUCACAAUAAUUACAAGCAUCACAAACUUAAUUUAAUUGAUGUUUCAUAAGAAAACUCGAUGUUUUGAAAAGGCCAUUGGUGUCGUGCCUCUCCCUGCCACCACCAGAGCCAAAUGGCGUCUGGUUUCCUUGGCGGCGUGGGAGGGGGAGGGGGAGGGGAAGAGGGAGGGAAGGCCUCCGCCCGCCCAUGUGUUCGCGUGUGUUCAUUUCCAGGGUCCCAAACAGUAUUCCGCGCAGCCGCCCAGCGGCGCUUGUAGCUUCGUAGGAUUAGACUCUUUGCCACCUCACGCCCUCCACGUGAUCCCUUCGCCCUAGCAGAUUCAUUAGGCCCUUUGACUCUGUUCAAUGAUUUUUUGUCGUAAUUCGGCCUUGUUAUAAGAAAAUGUAAAAUUUUUAUAAAUAAGAAAUAGCAUUUCUUGCAAUAAGUGUACUCAUGCACAAUCUUUUGCUACAACUCAUUUUUUUCGAUUACUGCUGACGGACAGCUGUAUGUUAAAUCCUUAACCGACGCCGGCGGUUACCGUUAUGCGUUUCUUCUCUCUUCUUUGGUUAUAUAUAAAAACAGUAUUACGGAAAAAAUGUUAAAUUACCACUUUUAGUGUAAAACAUUACUUUUACUUGCAUAAUAAUAUUUUUAUAAUAUGUUUUAAUCGUGUCAAAUUAAAUUGUGAAGACAUUGUAAAAUUAGUCGUUAAAAAAUUUUACUUUCACGUUUACUCCACUCACUCAUUGUUUGGUGAACUCAAUUCACAAACACAAAACACCGAGACAAAAUUGCCGACCAGAAAAGAAUUAAAUUUAAACUGUAUAUGCCUCACUAAUAUUUGAAAAAUAGAGUUGUAAAAACAUAUUUAUUUCAUACGCAGAACUACGAAAAUUAAAAAGGGUGGGCAAAACUUUGUCGCCCUUGGUACUGCUAGGGUUCAAAGAGGAAUUGAGAGGCCUUUGAUUGAACGUUUCAACAACGCCGAAACCAGACCUCAAAUCAUUCAAAAGAACAGGAAGUCGAAAAUUCAGUGCUGCGUUUCGCUGUUACUACACGUUCAAUCGAUUCUUGUUUUAAAGGGAGUUGUCAAUGUACUUCGUAAUGUAUUUUCCUAAAUAGGUCUUGAUAACAGUGAAAUACUUCACACUGCAUCAUACCGUAUCUGUGAAAAAAAUUUAUUAGCAUUUGUAGCGGGAAAUAAAUUCGAAACAAGUAUUCAGUAGAAGAAACGUGCGUUUCUUUUGAAUUGCGGGACCUGGAUGGGCAUUUUAUCCAUAGGUGGAAUCAAAAAUCCUUUCACAAGCUUGCCAAUGUCUUCCUGCUACUCUCAUCUCGUAUAAGGCAUAAUAGCGUAGAUAUAAGUUUCAUCUUACAAUUUUACGUCAGUGUGUAAUUGUGGCAAAAAAGAUAAAUGAUUCAUUCCUCGUAAGAGUUUCCAAAUAUCAAACCAUAUAUUUUCAUGACCUGUUACGGUUUUCAUUAAAUGUAUCCAAUACUUUGGUAUCUUCAGUCACAAUCAUGUAAAAAAAUAAUUUCAUUCGAAAUGUGGAUGAAAAUACAUUGACACAGUAUACUAAUAAAUAAUGUUUCUUUCUUAAUACUGUUUGGAAAAAUACAAGGAAAGAAAUGUUUUUCUUAACAUUCAAUGUUUGCUCCAUUAAUUCAGAAACAUACCUGUCAUAAAAUAUACAAAUUCAUAUAUUUAUAUAGCACCUGUUACAAGCUGAUUCAUAUAUUGUUAUAUAAUAUAUCCUUAUACAUAUACUAUUUUCUGGAUGAAUCAAGAAAAAAUCAGCAUAUAAUUCAUAUUUAAUGAUAGUUGAUAAAUUAUUGAAAUUUAAAAAUGUUCAUUGUUCAAAAACAAACAAAUAAUGGAGGACCACCUUAUGUGUUAAUUAUUGUAGACUAGGAAAAGAAAAUAUAACAAACUGAAAACUUGAUGUGGCGACUUAGACAAUCCCCUUGUAUUUAACUACCCAAAAUAUAUGCAUAAAAUCUGUAUUCCAAAUAAAAAAUUUUAAAAAAAUACAGCGAAAUUGCCUAUAAGGCCAAAGACAAUAUUCAAUAAUGCAUUCAUUUACAUUUAUACUUUUUAAGCUCGUGCACAACUUGUUUUAUUUCUCAUAGAGUGAUGGCCUAACUGUAAUCGGAGGUUAGUUAUUUUUAGUACUAUUUAAAUACUUUCUUUUUGGAAUAUUUUCAUAAAUGUGUUUUACAUUGUUCUAGUAUUACGUGAAAUUAUAUUUAAGUCUCGAUAGAAGUACAGAGCAAGAAAUAUGGACCAAUCAUAUUUGUAUAAGAUGUUGAAUUUUUGUAUGGAUAUACAAGACGGAAGAUCGUGUCUAUGAAUAUUUUAUUAUAGAAAUAUACCUGAUAAUUCAGCC